AUGACUCAGAAGAGACGUAAUCACGGAAGAGCUAAGCACGGUCGUGGAUUGACCAGAGCCAUCCGUUGCACCAACUGUGCUAGAUGCGUUCCAAAGGACAAGGCAGUCAAGAGAUUCUACAUUCGCCCAAUCGUUGAGAAUGCCGCUGUCAAGGAUAUCUCUGACCAGGGUCUCUUCACUGAGAAGAAGUACAAAUUCCCAAAGACUUACCUCAAGUCCCAAUAUUGUAUCUCUUGUGCUAUUCACUCUCACAUCGUCCGUGUCCGCUCGGUCCAGGAUCGUAAGAUCCGUACCCGUCCACAGAGACCAGGUGUCAGAGCUUUCAAGCCUUCCACCAACUAA